UGAAGACGCGGCGGUGCCGGGGCAGCCGGCGGGGCCUGGAAAGGGUGCAGGUGGAACGGGAGGUGGCCAUCCUGCGGGACCUGCAGCACCCCAACAUCAUGCAGCUGCACGACCUCUUCACAUGCAGAGCUGAGAUGGUGCUGGUGCUGGAGCUGAUGCGUGGUGGGGAACUCUUUGACUUUAUUGCGGAGAAGGAGAUGCUGUUGGAGGAGGAGGCCAUCGAGUUCCUGGAGCAGAUCCUUCUUGGGGUGCAGUACCUUCAUGGGCGCCACAUUGCCCACUUUGACCUCAAGCCCGAGAACAUCAUGCUGCAGGAGAAGGAUGUGCCCAAGCCUCAAAUCAAGAUCAUCGACUUUGGCCUGGCCCAGAAGCUGGAGCAUGGUGUCACCUUCAAGAGCCUCUGCGGGACCCCCCAGUACAUCGCUCCCGAAGUGAUCAACUACGAACCGCUGAGCUCCGCCACCGACAUGUGGAGCAUCGGGGUUAUCACCUACAUCCUGCUCAGCGGCUUCUCCCCCUUCCAGGGUGAGACAGAUGCUGAGACCCUCUCCAACAUCCUGGAGGGCGCCUAUGAGUUCGAGGAGCGCUACUUCAGUGACACCUCUGAGAUGGCCAAGGACUUCAUCCGGCAGCUGCUGGUGAAGGAGCCUCAGGAGCGAAUGACUGCAUCUGAGUGCCUUGUGCACCCUUGGAUUAAGCCCCUGAACAGGAAACAAGCAGCAAAACGGUGCCGUUCCUCCAUCAACAUGAAAAACUUCCGCAAGUUCAACGCCCGGAGGAAGUGGAAGGAGUGGUGGGAGUGGAGGGGAGAGCUCCCUGCACAGACCCCUGCCUUGCUGCUCCCCCAGCUCUCUUACAACAUGGUGUCUGCCUGCAACCGGCUGUGCCGCAUGCAGCUGCUUUGCAGCCCCGGGACGGAGGGCGAAGAGCUGCGCUGCUGUGAGAGCGACCAGGAGGAGGAAGGCAGCCGCCCCGUGACUCUGCUCCGUCGGCGUAGGAGCAGCUGCUCCUGAGCUCCCCCCAAAGGUGGGGACAGAAGAAUGGGGCAGUCCCACGAGAAGGACCUCCAGACCCCCCUUCACCCCCAGCAGAUGUGAGCACCUGAGUGCUGGAGCUGCUGCUCCCAGUGCUGCUGUGCUGAGGGCCACUGGGGCAGAGCCAGGGGCACUGCUGUGCUCCCCAGGUACACCCUCACCUGAGGGCUCUGCCCUUCCCUUGGCUCUAAUUCGAGAAAUAAAUGUGCCCCAAUCCUCUUA